UCUUCCCUGGUAGUGUAAAGGUUGUCAACUCUGGAAAAAGGAGCGAUGGACCCGAGAGACACAGCCCCGGAUUCGUGGGAGCUGGAGGAGGAUGCCGAGGCCCCGGCUGCCGCGGCGGGGCUCCCGACCGCCUUCGCCGCUCUUAACGUCAACGCCAAGCCGUUUGUCCCCAACGUUAACGCCCCGGUCUUUGUACCGAGCUUCCUUCAAGCCAGCGCGGUGGAAAUGCCGGCUUCAGACGGUGCCCCUGAUCCAGUUGGCAGCAUGGAUGUGGCAGAAACAGCCGCUCCAGUGGAGAAUGGAGGCACAGAGGCAGACAUGACCACAGAGGAAGAGACCUGGGAGCAGAAGGAGGAGCCGGGGGGAGGUGGAGGAGGCGGAGGACAGGAGGAUCUGGGUUCAGGAGGGGCCUGUGAGGAGGGCGGAGCCGCCGGGAAAGAGGACGAGGAGAUGAUGGAGGAGGAAGAGGAGGAGAUGCCCAUGCCCAAAGUGGCUCCGGCACCUCCGGAUGCCCCCAAGAAAGAACAUGUGAACGUGGUCUUCAUCGGUCACGUGGAUGCUGGUAAAUCAACUAUUGGAGGACAGAUCAUGUACCUAACUGGAAUGGUGGAGAAGCGAACCCUGGAAAAAUAUGAAAGAGAAGCAAAAGAAAAGAACAGGGAGACAUGGUACCUGUCGUGGGCUCUGGACACAAACCAGGAGGAGAGAGACAAGGGGAAGACAGUCGAGGUCGGGAGAGCUUACUUUGAGACUGAGAAAAAACAUUUCACUAUCCUGGAUGCCCCUGGACACAAGAGCUUUGUCCCCAACAUGAUUGGUGGAGCGUCACAAGCCGACCUGGCAGUCCUGGUGAUUUCAGCGAGAAAGGGGGAGUUUGAGACCGGCUUUGAGAAGGGUGGACAGACGCGGGAACAUGCCAUGCUGGCUAAAACAGCAGGAGUCAAGCAUCUCAUUGUCCUGAUCAACAAGAUGGAUGACCCCACUGUCAACUGGAGCCUAGAAAGGUAUGAAGAGUGUAAGGAGAAGCUGGUGCCAUUUCUAAAGAAGGUGGGCUUCAACCCCAAGAAGGACAUCCACUUUAUGCCUUGCUCCGGACUCACAGGUGCCAACCUCAAGGACCCCGUACCUGAAUGCCCCUGGUACACGGGUUUGCCAUUUAUUGCCCAUCUGGACAGUUUGCCAAACUUCACCAGAUCCAGCGAUGGACCAGUCAGACUACCUAUCGUAGACAAGUACAAGGACAUGGGCACAGUUAUCCUUGGGAAGCUGGAAUCUGGAUCCAUCAGUAAAGCCCAGCAGCUGGUCAUGAUGCCAAACAGGCACACGGUGGAGGUGUUGAGCCUGCUGAGUGACGAUGUGGAGACAGACGAUGCAUGUCCCGGGGAGAACCUGAAGUUGAGGCUGAAGGGCAUCGAGGAGGAGGAAAUCCUCCCUGGUUUUAUCCUCUGUAGCCCUGACAACCUCUGCCACUCCGGACGCACCUUUGACGCACAGAUCGUCAUCAUUGAGCACAAAUCAAUCAUUUGCCCUGGUUACAAUGCAGUCCUUCACAUCCACACCUGCAUUGAAGAAGUGCAAAUCACAGCCUUAAUCUGUCUGGUGGACAAGAAGACAGGGGAGAAAAGCAAGACACGACCACGCUUUGUUAAGCAGGACCAGGUGUGUAUCGCCAGGCUCCGGGCAGCAGGAGUCAUCUGUUUAGAGACCUUCAAAGACUUCCCUCAGAUGGGACGAUUCACGCUGCGAGACGAAGGCAAGACUAUCGCUAUCGGCAAAGUGCUGAAGCUGGUGCCAGAAAAGGACUAAAUGCAACAGUGGCAGCAUGCAUGGAGUUCUUCCAGUCUUUACCAGAGGAGAAAUGCUGCUAGAGCCGACCCAAACAGCUACUCUCUUUACACACAACUAUGCUGAAGAGAAGAACAAUGACAACAAGGAGUGAAGGAGAAUAAAAUUGCAUAAAAUGAAGAAAACGAGACUGAAUCAGUUUUUAUGAUGAACAAUAUGAAAUGAGAGACCAAGUCCAGUGUGUCAGCUUUCUCAUAUUGAGAGCUCAGCUAUGCCACUAAUGUAGCUACAUGUCCCCCUUCUGUACGCCCACGGCUAACCGCACUGUCGGAUGGCCACGCCAUUUGUUUUUAGAAUGGAGAUGGAUGCAGUGUUACUGAGAUUGGGGAAGGAAAAACAAAAACUACAGAAUGAUUUCAUAUCCUGCAAAAGACCAGAAUUAGCCUGUAAUUUUAAUUUGCAAAGCACAUCUCCCUUUUUAAGAGUGGGAUUUAGAACCCGAACUGACAUUUUAUUUGGUUUUAAGGAUUGCUGUACCAAAAUUUUUAGUUUGGUCUCUCUCCACAUGAGGUGGUUUAAUUGGAUGAAGGUCACAUACUACUCUGAUGAACCAUGGAUAAACACACUCACACAGACAGACACACACAGCUGUUAAAUAAUAUAAACUGAAAAUAAAUGAUCAAGCUGCAACAGAAA